GUCCAGCGGGUGGCGCUAAAACACAUUCGUUUGUUUGCCAAACACCAUUAAACCUCAGAGGAAGAAGUUCAGUUUCACCGCGCUCUCUGUUGUUUUGUUGUGAUGCUGUUUUAAUACAAACUGUUAGAAAUGUUUCUGUAAAUAUAAAAAUACAGUUAUUGAAUCAGGUCAGUAAUAACUGUAAUAUUCUCAUCCUCACAGUCGUGACUAAGUGUUGAAGCAAGCAGGAAUAUCUGGAGGAGGAUCAGCUGAACUGAGAUCUGCUGUGAAGAUGGUGUUUGUUAAAGAGGAGAGUGAGGAGAACAUGAUUGAACCAGAAACAUGGAGAAUAAAACAUGAGGAACCAGAAACCUGGAGAAUAAAACACGAACCAGAAACCUGCAGAAUAAAACACGAGGAACCAGAAGCAUGGAGAAUAAAACACGAGGAACCAGAAACCUGCAGAAUAAAACAGGAGGAACACGGAGAGUUUAUAGAAGAAAGUGAGGAGAACAAAGAAUUGAGUGAAGUUGAGGAGAAAAGUCAUAUCAAAACUGGAGAAAAACUUUUGAGUUGCUCUCAAACAAAACAGAAAGAUUUAAAGAAAAGAGGAGCCAAGAAAUCUUUCACUUGCACUCAGUGUGGAAAGAGUUUGACAUGCAAAACAAGUCUCGAUGUUCACAUGAGAGUUCAUACUGGAGAGAAACCGUUUAUUUGUAAUCAGUGCGAGAAGAGUUUCACACAAAAAGGACACUUUAUGACACAUAUGAGAAUUCAUAAAGGAGAGAAGUCAUUCAUAUGUAAUCAAUGUGGAAAGAGUUUUGCGUGCUUAGCAAACCUUAAAGUACACAUGAACAUCCACACUGGAGAGAAACCUUACAAGUGUUCACAUUGUAACAAGAGAUUCAAUCAGUCAACACUUCUGAAAAGACAUGAGAGGAUCCAUACUGGAGGGAAACCUUAUGAGUGUUCACACUGCGACAAGAGAUUUGGUUAUUUAUCAACUCUGAAAACACAUGAGACGACCCAUACUGGAGAGAAACCUUACAAGUGUUCACAUUGUAACAAGAGAUUCAAUCAGUCAACACAUCUGAAAAGACAUGAGAGGAUCCAUACUGGAGGGAAACCUUAUGAGUGUUCACACUGCGACAAGAGAUUCAGUUAUUUAUCAAAUCUGAAAAGACACAAGAGGACUCACACUGGAGAGAAACUGUACACUUGUGAUCAGUGUGGGAAGAAUUUGACACAAUCAUCAGACCUUAACAAACACAUGAACAUCCACACUGGACAGAAACUGUACACAUGUGAUCAGUGCAACAAAACAUUUUGGAGGGCUUCAGACCUGAGAGUUCAUACAAAGGAGAAGCCACAUUCAUUUAAUUUGUGUGGAGAGAGUUUUUCAGGUCUUCAAAGUUUGAAAGUUCAUCAGAAAAUACAUAUUGCUGUGAGAGAGUACAUGUGCUUUGAGUGUGAAAAGACUUUUAGUUCAGCAAAGUGUUUAAAACUGCACGAGAGGAUCCACACUGGAGAGAAACCGUAUAAGUGUUCACACUGCAACAAGAGAUUCAGUGAUUCAUCAACUCUGAAAACACAUGAGAGGAUCCACACUGGAGAGAAACCGUAUAAGUGUUCACACUGCAACAAGAGAUUCAGACAUUUAUCAAAUCUGAAAACACAUGAGAGGAUCCACACUGGAGAGAAACCGUAUAAGUGUUCACACUGCAACAAUAGAUACAGUUGUUCUUCAACUCUGAAAACACAUGAGAGGAUCCACACGAUCCACACUGGAGAGAAACCGUAUAAGUGUUCACACUGCAACAAGAGAUUCAGUGAUUCAUCAACUCUGAAAACACAUGAGAGGAUCCACACUGGAGAGAAACCGUAUAAGUGUUCACACUGCAACAAGAGAUUCAGACAUUUAUCAAAUCUGAAAACACAUGAGAGGAUCCACACUGGAGAGAAACCGUAUAAGUGUUCACACUGCAACAAUAGAUACAGUUGUUCUUCAACUCUGAAAACACAUGAGAGGAUCCACACUGGAGAGAAACCUUAUAAGUGUUCACACUGCGACAAGAGAUUCAGUGAUUCAUCAACUCUGAAAAAACACGAGAGGAUCCACACUGGAGAGAAACCUUACAAGUGUUCACAUUGUAACAAGACAUUCAAUAAUUCAUCAGCUCUGAAAACACAUGAGAGGAUCCACACCGGAGAGAAACCAUAUGAGUGUUCACACUGCAACAAGAGAUUCAGUGAUUCAUCAACUCUGAAAACACAUGAGAGGAUCCACACUAGAGAGAAACCGUAUCACUGCACUGCAUGUGGAAAGCGUUUCAAUCAUUUAUCUGCUCUACACAGUCAUACAAAAAACAUUGGGCCUCAUUAAUGAAACAUUCGUAAAUAUAGGAGUAAAUGUUGAGUAAUUUGCGUGUAAAACAGACCUUCCGAAAACUCUCCAAUGGAUUCACAAACGCUUUGUAAACAUCCAAUUUGAUAGUUAAACGUGUAUGUUAAUGAAUUCCAAUCAUUUGUGAAUAGGGCGCUCAUGCACGCUCAUUCACAAUUAGCAUAAUCCCUGCCUAUGACUACAGCUACGCAAAUUUCAUGUCCAGGAACACAGUGGAAUAUUCUGGUCUACUCUCUCAAGUUUGGCUCCAGUAUAUAGCAUAAAUUCAAAAAAGACUAAUAGGCCAUAUGGCGAACAAUAAAUAUUCAAUAGCGUGUGUCCACCAAAGCAUUUUUAGCCACCUGAAAAAAGACAGGUGCUCUUCUGAAAAUGGCCAACUGGUGGCGCUUGAAAACUCUUUGGUGGCACAGCGUUUUUCCCAUAGAUCGACUGUAAAAAAAAAAAGAAAAGAAAGUUUUUCCAGCUGUCAAUUUGGUUGCUAUGAAGUGGAAUAUCCAUGGCAGUAAUGUAUUACUAGUAUCUCAUUUUGAAGAAUAUUACUGAAUAUAAAAAUGCAGUAACCAGUGAUAUUAACUUCUCUAUUGUUGUUCAGUUGUUGUACAAGUAGGAUGAUUGGUUGGUGUAGUAUUUGUCCCGCCCCUCCUCCAUUGAUUGGACGGCUGGGUAAAAAGUAACAAGCGCUGCUUACUACCCAAAGCUAAACUGGAGCUAAACAGUUUAUCAACUCUAAGCUACAGAAAACAAAAAAGCAAGCAGACUUGUAAAAUAUUAUAAUGGCAGUGCAUCAAAAUUCAGUGUCAUCAGUUUGCCAAAAAGAUCACAGAACAUUUUACGCACCAUACUAGCUGUAAAUUUCUUUCGUAGCAACUAACGUUUUGAAAAUACGAACAUUUUUAUGAAUCUGAAACAUUUGCGUCAGAACGGCUUUACAAACAAUUUACACAAAAAUUUGUUCUGCUCGUGUUUCAUGAAUGAGGCCAGUGUUUCCCACAGACUUGGACUCUAUUUGUGGCGGUAUAUAUGACAAUUCAUUCUCUGCCAGCAGGAGGCGCUUUUAGAGCGCGGAGAAAUAGUGGUUUCCCCCGGUAACGCUAUACACAAAGCAGGGAUGUAACGAUUAUAGUCUGAGGAAUAAUCAUGUUUUCACGAUUAUUAUGCUUUUAUUAAUUUCACGACAUAAAAUCACAUAAAUGCUCUUUAGGAUUAUUUACUAAUGCCUUUUGAAACAGAAAUAACACAGUAACCAAUAAUACAGCACAAUAUAAUAAUACUAAAGAAAGAAAAGUCCAUCUCUCCUAUUGGAAUUAAAAAAGGUGACCACUGCUCUGUAAACAUCCAUGUCAGUAUUUCACUUUUGAAAAUAACAAAUGGAAAUAAAUCACAAAUGUAUUUGGUGUUUUCAUUUGGUAUAUUCUUUCUACAUUUCUUUUGGACCUGAGGUACAGAACUUGGAAAGAUGGUGAAAAAAAAAAAAUUGACUUAUGAAUAACACUAUAACAGGGAUGAUAAAUCACAAUGUUAAUUAUGUAUUAAAAUACAACAUUUUGGACAAAAAACUGAGAAAUGCAUUUUUAUCAAAAUAGUGCAUUUUCAAGCAAAAUACAUUCAGAUGUCAUAUUCUUUCACCUGUAAAUAAUAUGAAUAAUUGAAAUUGCAUUCAAUAAACAGAACAAAAAAACAAACAGACACACACACACACACACACACAAACAUAUACACACACAUAUAGGCUACAUACAUACUUAUGUAUAUAUAGAGAACGCGCCCACACACACACACACACCCCUAUUCAGAUAAACGGGUUAUUGGUUACAACUAGAGAUUUUUCUGUGUCUGUAAAGGCAUCUCUCUCACUGACUACUUCGUCCCGAUCAGAUUCAAAAUGGUCAAAAAAAAGUUAAUAUGAGAGAGAGAUAGUUCUGGAGACACCAUCUGGUUCACCCACCCCAAUGAGCGCAAGGAAUGUCUGUUUUGGGAAAUGUGUUUUUGUGUGUGGGCCAUUGAAACUGUUAUGUGCUUUAUACUUUAAAUGUUAAAAGAUGUAUUGGUGUUUAAACUGGGAUAAAGGGAAGUUUUUAUUAAAGAUUUUCACAAACAUAUCAAGAAAAAACAUCAAACAUACGUAAAAUGAGCAAUGACUUUUUUCCUUGCAAGUCAAGACAAGCUAGUGUUGUUAAAACAAUUUAAAAACUAGUUAAGAGUUUGGCAAAAUUAAAUAAAAAGAAGUAGAGGUAAGCGUGUUCGCUCAUCUAAAACAAAAAUGCAUCAGGAAGCGUUUGUUAAACAACACAGGAGUUUUUCUGUUUCAAUUUAAAACCAGGUAGAGUUUGUUACAAGUUAAAACAACAACAUAAGAUACUUGUCAGAAUCUUGUAGUCUAACAUUACAAGUUAGAAAAUUAAAAAGCAAGUAAGCGAGGAUUACCGUCUUCUAAAACAAAAAAGAUAGGCUAGAGAUUGUCACAAAUUAGAAACAGGGCUUAAAGUUCUCCGGCGUGAAGCGUUUGGCUGCGAAAAAAAAAAAUUCCUACAUUAAAAAAAAACUUGUUGAUAUCACCUUCGAGUCCAUGAGUUCGCCUACCAAUGAGAGGAGCACAGCUUUCACUCUCAACCAAACUAACAUUACUAGCCAAUCAGAAUUGUUUGCUCUUAUAAACACGAGACGCACAUAAUUGUAUCCAGUAGCAGAGCCGCAGCCCUGAUGAAUGGAGAAGCACGACAUGCUGAAAAAGCUGCGAGGCACAAUGAUCAAAGAUGUCCAUCUAGCACAUAUUUACCAUAGACUGUAAAAAACACAGAAAAACUAGAAAGCAGCUGAGCUUUGUAAACAGCUCAGAGUAAUCAUGUCAUCUCCAUAAGAACGAUAUGAUUGCCAGAACAAAUUUACCAGGAUUUUUGAAAAGGUCCUGUUCUCACAUGAUCUCUAAUGGUAACUUGCGGUAAUUUACCAGUAUAGACUGUGUGUGUGAAAGGGGCUAAACUCUUCCUCUGCAUAUGUUGUGAAUUUGAGUUAACGUUCAUCUGGGAAAACGGUGUUCAUUAUCUCACUAGAUUUGUAACUUAAAUAGUUUAUAAACCUUUGCCAAUACAGGAGAAUAUGUCAACCUAUUUCUAAAUAUGCCAUUUAUUGUACUUUGCGAUUUCAAAAUAAAGGUUUUUUAGUUUGCAUGUGGCCAAAUAUUAAAAUUUAAUGGAUUUAAAUAUUGUUUAAAUCAUGCUGUAAAGUGAAUUGUAACCAGUCCGUUGGCGCCCUCUGCGGGUAUUUGUUAUAAUACAUAAUGUAGGCUACUU